UCCUGCCACUGCAAGCUCCGUUGCAUAUAAACACUUCUCAAAGAUUGUUCUAAAUACACUUCAUUCUUACUUUCCUACAAUGAGCAAACCCAUAACUCACAGAAAAACCACCACCACCACCACCAAGCAGCCCCAUAAGACAGAGAAACAACCCUCAUGGGCUGUGGUAAGAGGCCUAUUGACCUGUAGAAAUGUCCAAGUGCAACAGCAUCAGAAGAAGCAGCCACAUCAUGAAGAGAAACAUCCUAGCCAGAACCGGGAGAAGAAGAAACCUCAAGAGGAACGUUUACCAGAAGAAAACAACAAGAAAUGCAAGAAAAUGAAAUGUUCAGGUUCGCUUUGUAAUAACACCAAGGUCGACAUGGCUAGGCCUGAAACAGGAACCCCUGAUGUCCACAAGAAAAGGGUCUCAUUGGGUGGUGCUUGUAACAACAAUAACGAUGCUGCUUCUAAUAGCAGAUCCAUGAAAGCCCCUCAAAACGAAAUCAAUAAAGGAGUUGUGUCUGCCUUUUCUUCUUCUUCUUCUACUUCAUUGUCUGCAGCAUCUUCUAAUUCUUCUGUGGGUGGUUCUAUUAGGAGAAUACCAUUCAGAAGACUCUCUGGUUGUUAUGAGUGUAGAAUGGUGGUUGACCCUGUUCUGGGUUUCACCAAAGACCCUUCUCUGAGAAGUAGCAUUUGCUCUUGCCCUGACUGUGGUGAAAUCUUCAUGAAAGCUGAAAGCUUGGAGCACCAUCAAUCUGUUAAGCAUGCAGUUUCUGAGCUUGGUCCUGAAGACACAAGCAAGAACAUAGUAGAAAUUAUAUUCCACUCUAGCUGGCUAAAGAAACAAUCCCCAGUGUGCAUAAUAGACCGCAUCCUUAAAGUACACAACAACCAGAAAACCAUAUGCAGAUUCGAAGAGUACAGAGACUUCAUCAAAGCCAAAGCCACAAAACUCUCAAAGAAACACCCUCGUUGCAUAGCAGAUGGCAACGAGCUACUUAGGUUCCACUGCACCACCUUUGUGUGUUCAUUAGGCCUAAACGGGUCCUCCAACCUCUGCAACUCAACAACACAAUGCAAUGUCUGCAGCAUAAUCAAGAACGGUUUCAAGGCCACAGUGACAGGAGAAUCCAACGGUGGAAAGGGUAUCUUGACAACUGCAUCAAGUGGGAAGGCACACGACAAAGCUGGGGUUUCAACCGAUGAGAGUGAGAGUAACGAGAAGAGGGCAAUGUUGGUUUGCAGGGUGAUAGCAGGGAGGGUGAAGAAGAAUGCAGAAGGUGGAAACAUGGAGGAGUAUGAUUCUGUUGCUGGUUCUGUUGGGGCUUAUGCAAAUUUGGACGAGUUGUAUGUUUUCAACCGUAGAGCUAUAUUGCCUUGUUUUGUUGUAAUCUAUAGAGGCUUUUGAUUACUGUUUUUUGGUAUUUGUUGGAUUAGGAGUGAGUGAACUUUUCUUACCAUUAAUUUCUUUGCUUUAGUUUAUUAGCUUUUUUACUUUUUGGCAUCAUAAGCUAAGUUGAACUACUUUACAUGUCUUUGGUAGUUUGGUGCUUUGUGGGGAGAGAA